AUGCGUUUGCAACUUUCCACGCAAAGGUUUCACGCAAACCUAUUUGUCUAGUUUUAUGAUAGUGGAGCCCCCCGCAGAGAGGCGGAACCUACUGUUCCCACACAUACAUUUUUCCACGCGAAGCGAAGUUCCACAUGGGUCUGCAACUUGGUGGCAUGUAUUUUGAGCAGACAUGCAAAAGUUAUAGAAUUGAAAAAGAUUCAUUUGGAGAAAUGAAAAUACCUGCAGAUAAAUAUUAUGGUAUUCAAACUCUUCGGACAGUAGUAAAUUUUCCAAUUGGUGAUACAUAUGAGCGUAUACCUUUCAGGCUAAUAGUUGCUUUGGGUAUACUAAAGAAAGCUGCUGCAGCUGUGAAUAAAGAGUAUGAUUUGGACCCUAAAAUUGCCGAUGCCAUUUGUCAAGCUGCAGAUGAAGUAAUAAAUGGAAAGUUAUAUAAUCACUUUCCUCUAAUUAUUUGGCAAACUGGAUCAGGCACACAAACCCACAUGAAUGCCAACGAGGUUAUUGCCAAUCGUGCAAUAGAAAUACUUGGUGGUGAACUUGGCUCAAAAAAACCUGUGCAUCCAAAUGAUCAUGUUAAUAUGUCACAAAGUACCAAUGACAUAGUACCAUCAGCUAUGAAUGUAGCUCUUGCCUUAGAGAUUCAUAAAUCAUUACUCCCAGGCUUAAUAUGUUUGUGUAGAGCGUUAAGAAAAAAGUGCGAAGAAUGGGAAAACAUUAUAAAAAUUGGUAGAACGCAUUUGCAAGAUGCGGUACCAUUAACAUUGGGUCAAGAAUUUUCAGGAUAUGCUAUGCAGGUCGAAAAUGGUAUUGAGAGAGUGAAAGAUACACUUCCAAGAUUAUAUGAAUUAGGUAUCGGUGGUACAGCAGUCGGAACUGGAUUAAAUGCACGAAAAGGUUUUGCGGAAAAGACAGUUGCAAAAAUCGCGCAACUCACUAGUUUACCGUUUGUUCCUGCUCCAAAUAAAUUUGAAGCUAUGGCUUCGCAUGAUGAUAUUGUCGAAGCACAUAGUGCUUUUAAUACAGUUGCUGUUUCUCUCAUGAAAAUCACAAGUGAUAUUAGACUUCUUGGAAGUGGACCCAGAUGUGGUUUAGGCGAGUUAUCUCUUCCAGAAAACGAACCUGGAAGUUCUAUUAUGCCUGGAAAAGUGAAUCCUACACAAUGUGAGUCAGUGGCUAUGGUAUGCUGUCAAGUAAUGGGUAAUCAUGUGGCGAUAACUAUCGGUGGCAGUAAUGGUCAGCUUGAACUUAAUGUUUUUAAACCGGUUAUCAUUGCCAAUGCUUUAAGAUCCGCAAGGCUUUUAGGUGAUGUUUGCGCCAAUUUCGUAAAAAAUUGUAUUGAAGGUAUUGUUCCAAAUAUUGAAAAUAUAAAACGGAAUGUUGAUGAAAGUUUAAUGCUUGUCACAGCAUUAAAUCCAUAUAUUGGUUAUGAUAAGGCUGGUGUAAUUGCUCAGUAUGCGCAUAAAGAAAAAAUUACAUUAAGAGAAUCUGCUUUAAAACAUGGAAUAACGGCGGAACAGUUUGAUCAGUGGGUUAGACCUGAACAAAUGCUUGGUCCGAAAUAAUUUUCAUGCUAAAAAUAUUUAUUAGGAAUAAAAACUCUAAUUUGUUCAUCUUGGCACAUAUUUUUUAUCAAUAGAAUCUAAUAUGAAGAAACAUUAAUAGAUGUACAACAGAACAAAAUAUUUAUACUUUGCAUAUAUUUUUGCAUAUAUUUUAUCUUCAUAUUCAAAAUUAGUAUUAAUAAUAUAGACUCUCUAUAAUUCAUUAU